AUGGACAUGAUUAAGCUCCAAGCCACCUAUGAACCCGCUACCUUCACAGCGUUCACCGGUAUACUGGAGGAUAUGUCAGCGGAGAUCAAUGAUAAGUAUAUUUCAGGACAUAGGGUUGAGGGGUAUUUCUGGGAUAGGUUCGGCUUGGGUCUCUCUGAAGUCGUUGUCUACGGCAACCGUUUUGAGCCCGGGUAUCUGAACCCAGUCAAUAUCUACCUGAUUAACGAGCAACCGAUUUCACGAGCAGAUGGGCGCGUCCCUGGCAGUGGGGACAACAUCCUUAUGAGUGUUGAUAUGCGGCUUCGCCUUAUGGACGAUUUUGAAAUUUAUGGCGAACUGAUGGUUGAUGAUGGGAACCCUGCCGCGAAUUUUAAGCAUUGGGAUACGAAGUUUGGUAUCCUCGCCGGUAUAUAUCUAACAGACCCUUUUGGCAUCGCAGAUACUGACUUCCAUGCCGAAUACGCCUUUAUAAACCAGUACGCAUAUACGCACGUAAACCCUGUGAAUGUCUACAAACACUUUACCACACCUAUUGGACAUCAGAUCGGUUCUGAUGCUGACAAUCUAUGGGUAGAACUACGUCGCCGGUGGACAGAUAGGCUUGAAACGACUUUCGGUUACGAAUUAGAACGCCACGGGUCCGGUGAUAUUGACAAGCAACAUCCCGCUGAUGCCCCAAAAGAUGAUGUUUGGACACCGUUAUCUGGCAUCACGGAAAGUGAGCAUCGUCUCUCGAUCGGUGCUAACUGGGUUGUUAUUGGACAUUAUUCCGUGUAUGCAGAGUGGGCACGCGUCUGGAGACGGAACUUGGGAAAUCGUAGAGAUGUCCGCGAAAAUUCAAAUGAAAUUGAAGCCAAAUUCCUCUACCGGUUUCCGUAA